AUGGAUGAGCAGGACUUUAAGGAGGUUUUUCCAAGACUCGCCCAUCGGAAGAUUGUGAAGGGAAUGUAUAAUUGUGUAAGUCACUAGUCUUUCUCUUAUUAAUACUGUAGGUUACUCCAGACCAGUAGGUUUUGAUCUGGUGGCCAAGUUAAAUAUCAGGUAGCUACAUACAGGGCUUUUCAAUAAGUUUGUAGUAAGCAGCUCCUGAUGCUGGAAUAGGAUGCUGUGUCCAAACUAGGGGCUAUCUGGUUGCAAAAGUUUGAAAUCUAGAAACUGGGAAAUGCAAUUUUCAACAUUCUGAGCAUUAAAUUUAGUGCUAUUUAUGGCAAUUUUGGUGCUCACAGAAACAAGUAUUUUGAAUUUUUUUUGUUCUUGCAUUCUUUUGUAAGUUGUGUUGGGUUCAGAAGAUUUUUAUUACUAGAGAAAUAUAUUUUUGUUAAUGUAGAGCUAAUAAAUUAGUAUAACAUGUGCGUGCACUGUUGCAGUAUCAAAAACAACUUGACUGUACUUAAAUUACGUGUACUUUGUCACACAGGUGAAUGGUUCUGUGUCAGAUCCCAUUAGUACUGGCAUGAUUAAAGCAUCUGUAGUAGAUGCCAGCAAACAGUCAGCAUCUCAGAGUGAUUGUUUCAGUGAUGAUGAAUCGGAAGUUUCAGUACAGUCCACACUGACACUUUCAUCCUCAUCUGGUGGUUGCAUGUCUGAUGACUCCUUAUCCUCUAGAAAAGAAAGAACAUCAACUCCAAUUCCCAAAAAAGUUUCAAAUAGACCAGUUUCGGUGCUAAGUAAGCCAAAAGAUCGUCUCCCCUCUGGAUUUGUUAUUCCAUCUAAAUUUGGAAAAGUUACAGAUGGAAAUCUGAAGAGUGGCAACAUAACUGACGUGGACAGAGCAAAAGUUAUAAAAACUGUAGCAACUUGUGUGUGGGUGUACACAGACACGCCAUCCCCAGCGUGCUGUGAAUGGCUGGCAAAACAGCUAAUUUCAAAAUACCCUAUACUUGCUGAUGCAGACCCUCGCAAGAUGGUGAACAGAGAGCAAACUGUACCAGCUCCAAAAGAGGACUUCAAGUAUUGGGUGAGAUAUUUGAUUUCUUGCAAACUUACGAACUGGAUACAUAUUAACUGA